AUGGCUAACAGCGCCCAAUACUCUGCCCUUACCCGGCUUUUGAGCCACAACACACGGGUUCAUGAACUGGAAGACCUGUUGCUACGACUGCCCAUUACUGAGGAAAUGGCCUUCAUGGAUGAGGACUCGCUAGUUAUUGAAGACGAGGAGUUCAGCAACCCGAUAGCCGACCUGCAGGACGAUAUUGACAAGGAAGUCCGGGCCAGCCUGGUGGCUUGCUGGUUCGCAAUGCCAACGGACGUGGACGAGUUGGACGGCCUGGACCACGUAUAG